UCCAAGGCCAGACCUAAUUCAAUCUUUAGCAAAUUACUAUCUAGAGCUCUUACUGCAGCUUACUUAAACCGUUAAACAUCAUUACAUCACUACCCACUUGCUUGUUUCUGAUUCUUGCUGUCUUUCUUUCAACUUCCCAUAAUUUAGGGUCCAUUUUUUAUCAGAUAUAACGAACAUUUGAUAGAAACGAAACGAAUUUUAACUGGAGGUUUUGAGUUCCUGGCAAAAGUCAAAGAGCAUCUCCACGUUAGUAUCAGGAUUGUCAAUUCUUUCUUUCAACUUCUGGUAAAAUGGGGUUUUCUCGUUUGCCAUAUUUUGUAUUCUGCACUUCUUUCAUUUUCUUCUUUCUUUGCACUCAAGCUAGGUGGCAUCAUCAUCAGCAUCAUCAUCAUCAUACAAAGCAUAAACACAGUCACUAUCACCACAGAGUAUCCACAAUUUCAGCUCCUCCUGAGAAUGCUAAUCCUCCGUAUGAUCCACCUGAGAAUGCUAAUCCUCCCUAUGCUCCACCUGAGAAUGCUAAUACUCCCUAUGCUCCAUCCGAGCCUGCCGAUCCUCCCUCUUUUCCUCCUGAGGAAACUAAUCUUCAUUCUCCACCUAAGUUUGCCAAUCCUCCCUCUUCUCCACCCAAAUCUUCUAAUCUUCCUUCAAGUCCAUCACCUGAGCCUGCUAGUCCUCCUGAUGAUGAUGGGAAUGACUACAAUUCUGGUGUUCUUGAUGUGCGGAAAUUUGGGGCUAUUGGUGAUGGGAUAACAGAUGAUACAGAUGCAUUCAAGAUGGCAUGGGAAACAGCCUGCAGUCAAAAUGAUACUGCAAUUAUUCUUGUUCCUUAUACUUUUAAAUUCAUGAUUCAGUCAACCAUUUUCAAUGGUCCUUGUCAAGGUGGAAUAGUGUUUCAGGUUGAUGGGACUAUUAUGCCUCCUGACGGACCAGAAUCCUGGCCGCAAAAGAACAGUAAGCGACAAUGGUUGGUCUUUUACAGAAUUAAUGAAUUGUCACUACUAGGAGGUGGUACAAUAGAUGGAAGAGGAGAGAAAUGGUGGGAUCUUCCUUGCAAGCCCCACAAGGGCAUAAAUGGAACCACAUUGCCUGGACCAUGUGAUAGUCCAAUUGCCAUAAGAUUCUUUAUGAGCUCCAAUUUGACUGUUCAAGGAAUUAGAAUCAAGAAUAGCCCCCAAUUCAACUUCAGAUUUGAUAACUGCAGGAAUGUUCAUAUAGACUCUAUCCACAUUACUGCUCCUGCCCUUAGUCCUAACACUGAUGGAAUUCACAUUGAAAAUACCAAUAAUGUAGAAAUAUAUGAUUCAGUAAUCUCCAAUGGUGAUGAUUGCGUAUCUAUUGGGUCAGGCUGUUAUGACGUAGACAUAAGGAACAUCACCUGUGGACCUAGUCAUGGAAUCAGCAUUGGAAGUCUAGGCAAUCAUAAUUCGCGAGCCUGCGUAUCUAACAUCACAGUUAGAGACUCGGUGAUUAAAUUGUCAGAUAAUGGAGUCAGAAUCAAGACAUGGCAAGGUGGAUCAGGAGCAGUAACAGGAAUAACAUUCAGUAAUAUUCACAUGGACAACGUUAAGAAUCCAAUUAUAAUUGAUCAAUUCUACUGCCUAACCAAGGAAUGCUCCAACCAAACAUCAGCAGUUUUUGUAUCAGACAUUCUCUAUGAAAACAUAAAAGGAACGUACAAUAUCCGAAGCCCGCCAAUGCAUUUUGCCUGCAGUGAUUCAGUCCCUUGCACCAACUUGACACUGUCGGAGGUUGAGCUUCUUCCUGCUCAAGGAGAUUUAGUUUUGGAUCCUUUUUGUUGGAAUGCAUAUGGAGAACUGGAAACACUGACUAUUCCACCAGUUUCUUGCUUGAUGGAGGGUACUCCUAGUUCUCUCUUGAAUAAUGACAUAGAUUAUUGUUGACCCUAUUACCGUAUAUUGUAAAGCAAUUUUAAUGAUUAUGUACAUAAUUCAACGAGAAAUCAUGCAUGUUGUCUUAUCAUGGUAAUUCUGAUUAUGUAAUGAUUAUGGAAUGGUGUAUUUUAGUCACCAAUCCCUAUUUAUAAACAAAUUGUCCAGCUUAUUUAA